AUGUGGACAUACCGCCUCCGCUGCCCCGUCGCCGCCUGUGGGGGCAAGCUUGCGGGCGCUGGCCUCUACAAAACAGUGAGGAGGGUCUUGGACAGGAGCGGCUGGUAUUUCAUGGGCACGGAGUACCUGGAAUGCAGCUCCUGUCACAAGCGGGUGCCAGGCUGGUCGCAGGACAUCUUGGAACAGCUGGAUAUUGCUCAUCGUGAGGAGUUUCCUGCUGUUCUCACGUACAAGCUGUCCUGCGACCGAGCGGUGAUAGGGCUCAUGAAGGAGCGCACUUUGGGCAACAGUGCGUCUCGCCUCCGUGCCUCUCUGGUGGAGCAGCACACCAAAGAGUGGAUGGCGCGGUCGAUGCUCUACCUUUCUGUGCUCCGCAAGCUUCUAGCACCGGGCGCGACGCUGCCGCUGGCGGGGGUGUCGCUUCCACCCAUGCACCCGGUGCCCACUGCGCUCUGGCUCAUAAAUGUCUACGUGAGGGAAGCCUUGUCGAGGCUGGACGAGACACGAGCCAGAGUGACUUCCAUCUUUGGUGAUCUUUUAAAGAUGGACUCCACCAAGAAGAUCACCAAAAAGCUUGCGGGCGGUGCCGCUGGAACGGCUGCCUGGGUCACCAAUGUCGGCAACGAGUACGGGCAGGUGCUCAUGUCUGUCCUCACCGCAGCAGAGGGGGACGGACUUGUCGACAUGGCAGCCGGACUGAUGAGGCGGUACCGCUUAGCCGGGAAGGCCCCUCCAAAGGUCCUGUACGUGGACCGAGACUGCUGUGUCGCCGCGGGAACGUCUGCAGUCCAUCAGAUGUUCCACGAGUGGCACGAGCUGGUCGUCAGGCUGGACGUGUGGCACCUCAUGCGGCGCCGCCAGAGGGGUGACCACCGACAGCCACCAGUUUACUGGCCUCUUCAUGGCGAGGCUUUCUUCGCCAUGUUCGAGUGGGAUGCCGGAGAUGUGUCCCGCCUGAAAGAGGCCAAGCAGUCAGAGGAGGGGGGGACGUCCAGAAGGUGA